GAUAUUCGUAGUCCGGUGCUAGUGUGAUUCCAGUUGUUUUCACAUCGCAUCGCCAACAAAGACACUCUGGAGCUGCUGUCUCUCACAUCUCCUGGUAAAUGUGGCGAGUGAUGCGCAACUAACGGCCGACGCUCCUUCACGUCGAGGCGAGAACGAAGAGAUAAAUUAGCAGAGAUAUACCUUUGCUCUCGAGAAGAUAAGUUAGGGGAGAGAGUUUGAGAAGUUCCUGCAAAAAUGGUGUCGGCCGGACUGGAGAUCCUGGGACUAUCGCUGUGCGCAAUCGGCUCGCUCCUGGUGAUGGUGUCGUGCGGGUUGCCCAUGUGGAAGGUGACGGCGUUCAUAGAGGCCAACAUCGUGGUGGCUCAGACGAUCUGGGACGGCCUGUGGAUGUCAUGCGUGGUGCAGAGCACGGGCCAGAUGCAGUGCAAGAUGCACGACUCCGUCCUCGCCCUCAGCCACGACCUCCAGGCGGCCAGAGCGCUCACCAUCAUCUCCUCGGUGAUGGGCGUGCUCGGGCUCAUGGUGGUGGUCGCGGGGGCGCAGUGCACCAACUGCAUCCGCGCCGAGUACGUCAAAGCCCGGGUGGUGAACGCCGGAGGGGUGCUCUACAUCAUCAGCGGUGUGUUUGUUAUGGUGCCGCUCUGCUGGAUGGCCAACAACAUCAUAGCGGACUUCUACAACCCGCAGGUGCCCGCGUCCAAGAAGAGGGAGAUCGGCGCCGCGCUCUACAUCGGCUGGGCAGCCUCUGCGCUGCUGCUGAUCGGGGGAGCGCUGCUGUGCUGCUCCUGUCCCUCCAGCGGGAGCUCUGGAUACUCGGUCAAAUACGCACCGACCAAGAGAGCCACGCCGAACGGGGACUACGAUAAGAGGAACUAUGUGUAGCUGAUGUGGCUCGCGGAUGGAUGGCGGUGCGUAAAAGUGAUCUGCAGCUAUUGAAAACAGUUUUUUUGAUGGACUCAAACUUUGCACCUGCAGUUUUUACAAAGUUUGUUUUUUUCAAUCUGAACUUUGAAAAAUCAAUGGAGGCACAUCUGCUGUUUUUUACACUGGCCCUCAACACGCUCGGACCACAAAUUCACAAAAAACGUUUUGGUAUCUAAAGGAGAUUAUAAAAAAAGACUAUAGACUACAAGAGGUAGCUCACAACAAAAAGGAGUAUCUUUGUUAGGUACCUGCUUUUGUAAGUCUUCGAAAUUAUUAGUGUUGACUUGUUUACCGCUGUAACUUCCAAAAGUUUUUAUUUUCUUGAGGAACUCUUGCCAUCGAAUAUAUAGACUGUUUUUUUUUUUCUUUGCCUUGAUAUGCACUGUCAGCACAAACUUGUACAGUAACCCAGAAUGAUUGCACUCCCACAACAUUCAGAGACUCAUUUCCUGCGGUGGAACUACGCCGACAUGUUGAGGACUCCAACAAUGUCUAACAGCAAUAAAGGAAAACGAGGAGGGAAAGUGCGCCUCAAUAAAUCUCGGCCACGCUUUUUUUGUGUUGUUUCAGAACUUGAUGGCGGUGACUGGGAAGUUUUGCAGUCUAUAAUUCUGGACCUGUAGAUUCAGGGAGAGUGUGGGAUCUGUAGGUCACAACAUGAAAUGUUAUUACAGUCCGAUAUCCGGCUGCACUGAGCACCUGCGACUUUUUUCUUCGUUUUGUUUUUUUGCAACACUGUCCCGGAGGAAGUCUUUUGUUUUCGUAAAUACUCCGAAUAAACUUCUGUUUUCUGUUUUGUUUGUUGACCUUUGAUGUAAUGAUUCAUUAUUCGUGUAUAUGAAGAUGCAAUAUUGUGUCAUUUUAUUAAGAUUAAACUGAA